AUGAACCGCGGAUCUGGAGGACCCCAGAACAUCUUCCGCACGCUCGAGCGUCUGCGACAGCAAGCCCAGCAAGCCUCAUCACAGUUCGCAAAUGCAAGCAAGUCCGGUGGUAGUGGCGGUGGCAGCGGUGGCAGCAGCGGCGGUGGUGGAGGUCGAGGCCCACCCAACCUCGCCAACCUUCUCGGCAGCUCUGCCGGUAUCGUUGCCCUCGUAGCCCUCGGUUUCGGUGUCAACAUGUCGCUCUUCAACGUCGACGGUGGUCACCGAGCCAUCAAGUACUCGCGGCUAUCCGGUAUCAAGGACACCAUCUUCAACGAAGGUACUCACUUUAUGAUCCCGUGGUUCGAAAAGCCCAUCGACUACGACGUCCGUGCCAAGCCGCGCAGCAUCGCCUCGCUGACGGGUACCAAGGAUCUGCAGAUGGUCUCGCUCACCUGUCGUGUCCUUUCGCGCCCACGUGUCGAUGCGCUCCCCACCAUCUUCCGCGAGCUCGGUGCGGACUACGACGAGCGCGUCCUCCCCUCGAUCGUCAAUGAGGUGCUCAAGUCGGUCGUCGCCCAGUUCAACGCCUCGCAGCUCAUCACGCAGCGUGAGAUGGUUUCGAGACUGGUGCGCGACAACCUCGUUGCUCGUGCCCAGAGGUUCAACCUCGUGAUGGACGAUGUGUCGAUCACCCACGUCUCGUUCUCGCCCGAAUUCACCCACGCCGUCGAAGCCAAGCAGAUCGCUCAGCAGGCCGCCCUCCGUGCCGCCUUCCUCGUUGACCAGGCCAUUCAAGAGAAGGCUUCCAUCAUCGUCAAGGCGCAGGGUGAGGCCAAGUCGGCUGAACUCAUCGGCGAGGCGGUCAAGAAGAACAAGGGUUUCCUCAAGCUUCGUAAGCUCGAGGCGGCUCGUGAUAUUGCAACGAUCCUCUCGCAGGCCGGUACCAACAACAAGGUGCUGCUCGACGCUGAUACUCUGUUGCUCAAUGUUGCCAACGAGGACCCGCUCCACUCGUAG